GUCACCACCCACAUCUUCCAAAGGAAACCAGGAACCACUCCACAACAUUGAACACAUCUGGGCCUCCACCAUCGGACCACCUCCGAGUUGCACAAACCCCGCGCGCCGUUUCCGUGUAACCAUAAUCCGUACCUAUCACGCACCCGAGGCCCCUCAGGUCCCGCGGCCGCCGCAGCUUGUGGCGAAAGCUGGGGAGAGCUCCUCCGCAUCUACUUGUACUGUAUACAACAUUCGACGCAUAGAUCUAUCUGCACCACAGAUCGCACCACAGCACAACGGCGCACAGGGCCUGUAACCCCGUACCUCCUCUCGAGCAGCGCAGGGCUCCAAUAAAUCACGGCGCAACGAGCGCACACACGGCGUUAGCCUCCGCGACCGACGGCCCCUCGUCUCGUCUCAUCUCAUCCGUCCGUGUAUCCCACCAUGGCACGGUCCCCGCUCCUAUCGGCGUUCGAGGAGCUGGCGAACCCGUCGACGCUGACCGCACAGCUCGACGCCCUGCGGACCAUCAAGAACCAGAUUGUGGGCCAUGAGCAGAGGAAGGAGCUCGUGGUGCGGCAUGGGGUCGUCACGGCGCUGGCCGGGAUCCUGCGAGCGGAGACGAGGAGAGGGGGCAAGAGGCGGUAUAUGGAGAGUCGGAGUGGGCAAGUUGGGGAUUCGGGGGAUUUGGCCAUAGAAUGGGGAUCCGAGGAGGAAUUGAGGUACCAGGCGACGCUGGUGGUGGGCAGUUUGGCGAAUGGUGGUCCAGCGUUCGUCGCUCCGUUACUCGCAGGGAACGUCGUACCUCCUCUAGUGGAAGCCCUGGAUCCUACCGAGACAUCGUCGCAGCUGAUCACCGCUACGCUCCGCACGCUCAACCAAAUUGUCGAAGCGGCCGCCCACGAGAAGUCCCGGUUCGACGCUGCGGAGGGCCCGGUUGCUUCCUCUCUACUGGAUACCAUGCGCGGAUACAUAUACACGGAACCCGUCAUGAAGAGCUUGUCCAAGAUUAUGUCUCGCAAUCUCCUCGCGGCCCAAGUGGGUCACCAGGCGAUCUCGCUGGCUGCGAAAUUGGUCGCGAAAACCUGCCAGGAAGUAUCCGACCGGACGCUCCUGGUAGAAUCCGGCAUUUUGGAUCAGCUCGCGUCAUACCUUGCCGGUGCGGCGGCGGCAGAUGCUCCGUGGCUGAGGACAGAAGUGCGCACGUUAACAGCGGAGGACGAACUACCCAACAUCCAUCUGGCACACGUCAUGGACGCCAUCGCUGCCAUCAUCAAGGAUUCGAACUAUAACACGGCUCGUUUUGUCUACGCCCAACAUAUCCUACAAGUCUUCGGAUUGGCCUGGGAUGGCGAAAACGAAGAAGAGGUAGCGCAGUGGACCAAACUGUCACCUCGUCUGCACACUUUCCAGAACAAGUCGGAUGCCUACACCAGACUUUGGCCGGCUCUCAAGCCAUCCAAUCUCUCGAGCACCGACGAGACUGUAUCCCACAUCCUCCGCCUCGAAGGGCGCACCUUCGUGUCUGAUGAGCCGGAGACGCCUCUCUUCAUCUGGCUGACGGCCGUGGCGCGACGGAGCGACUUCCGAACCCGCGCAUCGGCUUGCUGGCUUCUGGCACUACUGAACAAGACGAGUGAGAAAUGGGGGCUGGGCGAACCUUCGCGGAUAACGAGAGAACGGCAUUUUGCGCUCCUCGUUGUACCCUUGAUUGUGGAGAUGAUUAAGCAGUUGAACGCUGCGUCUACAGGUAGCAAAGGUAGCACUCGAUUCAUGCCUACGUCCGAGGACGAACGCCGGUACCUCCUAGAGCGCUCGAUGCUCACACUCGCCGAGCUUGUGGUCCGUAGCAAGACGCAGCAGAAUGCAGCGUAUGAGGGAAAGGUUCUGCCUGUCCUGUUUCACAUACUGAAGAAGUCGUUCGAUCCUGUUCCUGUUACUUCUAAACGGCUGUGGUCGCCUAAGAUGGCGCCUUCACAGGUUGCGAAUGCUGUGGCUGAUCAGGCGUCGUCGACGCUUGGGAGUCGGGGUGUGAAUCUGGAUGUUCUGCACGCUUUCCGGUGCAGGGAACAUGCGCUCUAUGCGUUGGCGGCCAUGGCGGAGUCGCAGGAUACCAUCAGGAAGGCGGAAAUCGAACAGGGCAUCAUGAAAUACAUUGUCGAUUCCAUGGUGCCAUGUACAGCGAGGUCCAGCGCGGGUGAUCCGUUUGAAGACACGGACGGUUCGACGGUCUCGAUGAAGGGAGGAAAUCCCACUCCGGUGCUGCUUGCGGCGUGCAAGGCGGCGAAGAUGUUGACGCGGUCGGUGUAUCUGCUCAGAACGAGUCUGAUCGAUGCGGACAUCUCGGUGCCGUUGAAGGAGCUGCUGACGUAUCCGGAUACGAGGGUACAGGUUGCGGCGACGGAGGCGGUGACGAAUCUGCUGAUGGAUCUUUCGCCUCUGCAUGAUAAGCUCAAAGAACCCGGUCUCAGCAAGAUACUGCUUGAGCAUUGUCGAUCCGCGAACUUUGACCUCCGCCUCGACAGUAUGUGGGCGCUGAAGCACCUCGUUCUGAACUGCCCGCUGCCUGUAAAGAUGGCCUGCUUCGACGGGCUAGGCGUGGGCUACCUCACACAGCUGAUCAGUGGAGAAAGUGCAAAGGCGGCGCCUACUUUCGGUAUGGGGGUGUCCAAUGCGGCGGGAGAAAAGGUCGACAUACUGAACAGCGUCGCCGACGAGCCGGAGAUGGAUGUAGACGAAGCGCCCGUUAGCGACGACGGGGACGACGAUGAUGACGAUCCCAUGGCCGACAGCAUACCGUCGAUGCGCCGCCAUCCACAUUCCGGAAGCAGACACCUCACCGCCGCCAACAUCCGCGAGCGGCUCCAGCAGAUCAAGGCCGAAGAGCAGGACACGCGGCUCACGGCCGAACACGAGGCCAUACGGCUCCAGGAGCAGGCGCUCGACUUCAUCAGGAAUUUCAUGGCGGACGUGAAGAACCCUGGAGAAGUCAUCGAGCAUGUCCUGCGCAGCUUCGGCCAGUCGCGCUUCUUCGACCUGCUCGACCUCACACUCCGGCCCAAGGGCUCACCAGCUACGACGUCGCCGUACUCGUCGUCUCCAGCACAAGCACGACAGACUCGCAGCUCGACCUGGGCCCGCAAUAGCAACAGCAACAACAACCAUGAUCCAUCAUUCCCCGCUCCGUCCUCGACCACCCAUCCAACCGCGGUCACGCAAGCCCGGCCCGCGACACCCGUGCCCAACUGGCCCGUCUACCCACCGCACGAAAUCCUCCACUCGACCCUCAUGAUCCUCGUGCACAUGGCCAACGGCUCGGCGCGGCACCGCACGCUGCUCUGCGGGCAGACGCCGCUGCUCCGGCGCGUGCUGGUCCUGUUCGGGCACCCGCACCGGCAGGUGCGCGCCAAUUGCGCGAGUUUUCUAAACAAUCUGACCAUCGUGGAGGAUCAGGCGGAUGUCGAGGGUGGGGUUUGGGGGGCGAGGGUCCGGGUGUUGAGGGGGUUGGGGUUCGAGGACAGGGCGAGGGGGUUGGAGGGGGAUGUGGAUCAGGAUGUUAGGGAGGUGGUGAGGGUGGCGGUGGAUGCUUUUGGGAGGUUUGGUGGUGGGAAUGGGCAAAGUGGGGAGGGGGGAGGGAGUGGUGGUGGGAAUGGGGGGAAUGCUGGGGGUGGAGGAGGAGGGAAUGGGGGAGGGAGGAGUUCGGUGAGGCAGGGUUCGUGGGGGGGCCGUGCAAAUAAUAUUGGGAAAUAUACCUGCAUCUUCUGCCCCAACAUGCCGCUCUACCGCACGUAUUUCGCGGGCAAGGGUGCAACAACAGUGAAACUGCGAGAGACAGAGCGGUGUGCUACUUUCCUUGCAAUGAAGGGGUUUUUCUUGCGCCUCUGA